UCUGCUCAUUUUCUGUGCGUGUAAUGACAUAAGUGGACUCGGUUUAAUGUAAACGUGAUAUAUAUUUUUUAAAAGCCCUUUAUAUGUGUGCUGACAUACUACCGCCUCCCAAAACGACGCUUUUCGCCUGACCGGGUUCAUUAUGCGAAGAGGAAGGGGAGGAGGUGGACUGCUCUUCUUCAACGUCCCGAUGUGCUGAGAGCCGCUGUUUCAUUUCACCUCCGCCUCCGAGCAGCUCAGUGUUCUCUUUACACGCCUGGUUAAAGGUUAGAUUGUUUUUUCAGCUUGUUAUAAAGUGCCAACGUUUUAUAUUCUCUGCCUCACCGGGAGAAACCACACCAGACCGGUGAAGAGUGAAGUUUAAACCUCAGCAGCUGCUUUGGAGACCGCGGAUCCGAGGUCCUACGAUCCCCAGCCUCGCUUUUUUUUAUUUAGUUCAGCAUUUUUAAAAAGUUAUUAUCGACUUCGGUGAAGUCUUUUUUGUUCGUUUGUGAAGCCAGUGCUACCCACCCGGCAUCAUGACUCGGAGAUCCUGUGCCAUUUACGCCACCGGCAUCGUCAGCGCUCACCUCCUGAUUUUGGGGAUCGCCCUGGUCGUGGCUCAAGUCUUCCAAACAAUGAUCCACAGCCGGUUAAAAAAGGAAAUUACUUUGACGGAGAAGAGCCAAGUUUUUGAGUCAUGGAAAAAUCCACCACCACCUGUUUACAUGGAGUAUUACUUCUUCAAUGUGACCAAUCCAGAGGAGUUCUUGGCAGGCGGGAAGGCGUCAGUUAAACAGAUAGGCCCAUAUACUUACAGAGAAUACAGGCCACGAGAAAAUGUAACUUUCCUGGAAAAUGGCACCAAGGUUUACGCCCUGAACCCCAAAUCAUUUGUCUUUGUGCCUGAGAAGUCCGCUGGUAACCCCGAGGUUGAUAUCAUCAGGACUGUCAACAUCCCUUUUGUGGCGGUGAUGAACGAGUUGAACUCUUACUCCUUCUUCCUGCGGGCUGUUGUGUCCAUGUACAUGGGCGGCCUGGGCAUUGAGGUGUUCAUGACGCGCACUGUUCACGAAGUUCUGUGGGGUUUCAAAGACCCCCUUCUCUCAAAGAUCCACACCAUGAAGCCUGAGGUGGACGAAUAUUUUGGGCUGAUGUGGAAGAAAAAUGGCACCCAUGAAGGAGAGUUUGUGUUCCACACUGGGGAACAGAACUACUUGGAUUAUGGCAAGAUCGACACGUGGAAUGGCCUGAGGAAAAUGUCGUGGUGGUCCUCCGAACAGAGCAACAUGAUUAACGGAACAGACGGCGCCGUCUUUCACCCGCUGAUAAACAGGAAUGAGCUGCUGUAUAUCUUUGCUGCAGAUCUCUGCAGGUCUAUUCACCUAGCUUACGUGGAGGAUGUUGAGGUGAAAGGGAUCCAGGCUUACCGCUUUGCACCCCCCAGUGAUGUUCUCAUGAGCCCUAAAGACAAUCCCACCAAUGCUGGUUUUUGUGUGCCAGCAGGAGAAUGUCUCGGCACCGGGUUGCUCAAAGUCAGCGUUUGUCGAGAAGGUGCUCCCAUUGUGGUUUCUUUCCCUCACUUUUAUCAAGCGGACCCUGUGUACAUUAACGCCAUUGAUGGGCUUAACCCCAACAAGGAAGAGCAUGAGACCUACCUGGACUUGCAGCCGACGGCAGGGGUUCCCAUUCGUGCCUGCAAGAGGGCUCAGCUUAAUGUCAUUCUGAAGAGAAUCCCAGGCUUCCCGAAAACUAAGUUCAUCAAUGAGACCAUUUUCCCCAUCAUGUUUGUCAAUGAGACAGCAACUAUUGACGAUGACUCAGCCUCUCAGAUGAGGACACUGCUCCUGAUAGUAACUUUGGUGUCAAACUUCCCCUUGCUCAUCGUGGGCAUGGGCAUCAUCCUGCUGCUGGUGCUCGUGGUCUUGUUCUGCCGAAACCGCCAGAAGAAGAAUGAAGUAAAACGUAUUGAUUUUACUGAAGCUUUUCAUUCUUUUACUACGACAAAAGAUGACACAGCAUACACUCAGGUCAACGACAAACCAGACGAGCCGUCGGAAACGCCGGCCAACCAGCCGAUGAGGAACGGCUCUUACAUUGCCAUGUCUCCAGUGGAGGCACAGAAGUGUUGAUAGAGGAUUCCCCCUCCCCAAGUGUGGAGCUCAGGCUGAGGGAGCAGCACAUGGUUGUUACAUUACCAUGGGUGGGGAGGAUGGGUAAAGCAGUGGGACAAAAAAAAGAGAAAAAAAAAAGAAGAAAACCACGGUGAUUGUUUAGUCAACAAAGACAUUGCUCCUCUCAAUGAGCCUUCUUCUGACUGUCCACCCUCCUCCACUCUACCUGCUGAGCAUGGCCCUCACUGCCUGCAGUACUGCAAAACAACCAACCCCCCAACACCCUUAUCCUCGUUUCUAUCCUGUUUGGUCAUAAACAUGAAGGGACUAAGGGGUGGGCUCAGCCAGGACCAGCCUCUUCUGUAAUUUUUCUGAGGGAACACGGUAGCAUAGAUGUUGCUGUUGCACACGGAUGCAUGAUCUUUUGAGCAGACUCUGCCAGCUCAUAAAGCUCAAAGAGUGUGCUAGCAUUCGCACGAACAACAUCAGGUGUUGUUACAGUCGUAUUUUUCCGCUCUUCUCUUCAUCAGUAUUGUGUAAGGAGAAGCUUUUGAGCCUUUAGAUAAAAAAAAAAAAAGAAAGCCCCUCAAGACUGAAUCUUAAAUCUUUAAAACAAAUCUGAGCUUUUGGGCUCAGAUAAUUAAGUGGGUUUGCUAACAAAACUGAACAUGGUAUAUUUUGUAAAAGAUAAAAGAAAAAACAGACUGAGCCAAACAUGUUUUUGCCUUUUUUAAGACAAAUUAGUGCACCCACACACACGAUGCACUUCUAGUAUGAGUUAAUGAAAGUGUGUGUGUGCAUCCUUAACUCACACCCCUAAUGUCUUGUUUUUGAUGGACUACUGUCUUUCCUAAUGCAAACGCAGUGUAGUAUUAAAACCUGAAAUGCUAAUGAAUUUCAUCUUUUCCCACAUUUUUCCCUUUUCUUAUUUUCUUUUUCAAAACACUAGUUUAAAGGAAAUAUUCAGAGAACUACUUAAUGUAAUGGCUAGUUAUCUAGUUAGAAAAGUUGCAACGUUAUGCUUUGUCACACAUUCAAACAAAAAGAAAGGAAAAAAAAAAAACACUCACAGAACUUACAAGGGAGACUUGAACCUGCUUUCUGCCUUAUUGUGGUUCAGCGUGUUCUUUGUCAAACAUUGUUAAAAUAAGCUGGAAUCUUUUCUUGUACUUGCGUAAAGGGGAACUAUUCAGAUACCUCUGACCAAAUCCAGCAGGCAGUCCUAGGUGUGCUGACGGACACUAACUUUGCUUCAGUGUUGACACUCCUGCUUGUCUACACUGUUACUUAUUACAGAAAGCACAAUUUGGAUUGCUAAAGCCAGUCCUCACACAAGACUUAGCAGGUCUUGGUGUUUUUACAGCUGACCUGUCAAAGACACUGUCAAGUGCCGUGACCACCAAGAGUAGGAGGUCCUUACUCCACUCACCGCUGUGCAGUCAUUCAGUUUGCCAAGGAGCUGUAGGCAUUCAGGCAAACUCAGCACACAGCACUUGAAUCACUGUUUUGUCUUAUGUUUUUUUUUUUUUUGUCCAACACAUUUGUCUGGUCGCAUAUCAGACCCACAGGUGCUCUCACCAGUGGGGAGUGAAUUUAAGGCCAUAAUACUGUCAAACUGGAAAAAUUCCCUGCACUUUGCCUGGAAAUUGUGCCCAGUGUUUUUGUCAUUGGUUUAUAUUUUCUCUGUUGUUAAUGAUUGUUUGUUUGUUUUUUUUUUGUUGUUUGUUUUUGUCCUGGUUAUUUCAUUGCAAGUGGCCCAUGUGUUAAAUACAUUUCAAUGGUUUGUCCUGGCUAGUGUUGUUUGUGAAGGAUGUUGUUGUAAAUGGACGACAGACAUCAAUGCCUCUGUGUUACCUGCUUUUCCAGCACAUGGAGUGUCUUCUUUUGACAUACUUUUGUAUUUGUUAUUGCUGCUAAAAAAAAAAUGCCAUAACCUAUGGAAUUGCAUUUGUAUAUGGGGUAUUUACUAUGAUGUGCUGUCCUUGACUUUAUGGUUGACCCACAGGGGUUUUUAUUCAAGUCUAAGGUCUUGAAGGCUUUUUGUGUUGCCAACCUUUUUAACACCUGAGCACAAAAUACAAAGCCCAAAGCUUGCUGCCAAUUAAUAGAAUUAGUUGUUACAGUUAUCACUAGAGACAUAUUAGUAAAGAUGAACCACUUAUUCCUCUCUUGGUAGUUGAUCAUGAUCAUAUCAUUAUUAGGGUUUUUUGUGUUAGGGCUAGUAAACUUGGCAAUUCAUUGGAGGCGCCCAAAAUGGUCGAGCCAGCCUCUUUUGCACCAUCUAAGUCUGGUGUUGGAAGUCUGAUUCUGGGUCAAGAAGCAGUGGUGGAGAGUCUUUUUCAUUAAGUACAAUUGUUUGCUUUGCGGUGGAAAAUUAAGAUACUGCUCUUUCCUGUAGCAGAAAGCCAGUUAGCUUAGCACAAAGCUUGAACCUGAGGUAUUCUAACACUGUCCAAUUGUCCUGUUCUGGCUUAUGUAUAAAAAGCAAACAGUUGCAAGAAGUCCUUUUCUAUUCUUCCAUUUUCAGUGUUUGUGCGAUGCUAAGCUAACCAUCUCUUUGCCCUAUCCUCAAGUUAAAUGGACAAAUAGAACCACAUUAUCUAUGUACUUUUAAUUCUGAACCACAAAGCAAAUACAUCUAUGUUGACCUCUUCCUGGGAAGUUAAAUUGGCUCACAAGAGGCCUUUGUAUUCCUCCUGCAUGCAUGAGACCGCCACCUUGUGCAAACUUGUGGUUCAUAGUUGUUCACCUUACUGAAUACCUUGACUUUAACCUGAGACCUUAAUUCAGAGUGAAUGCGACCUUGUUCAAACACGCACACCUGAGCCAUCACUCCACUCCACUACGCGGGCCUUUUAAGUACGGUCCUUCAACCACUGGCUCGUCCCUGCUUGACCAAAGAUAACCCACACAGAGCUGUCCGGGCACUGUGUUUACUCUGUGAUAACAGCUGUGCCACAAAUCCACCGCCAACCUUUCCUUUAGAAAAAAGAAGAAAAAAAAAUCAAUGCCACCAUUUCUGUAAAAGAUUUGCAACAGUGUUGUGUGAAUGCAUGUAUGUAUGUAUGUGCCUUUUACAUCAAGGCAAGAAAAAAAAAAGAUACAACGAUGGGUAUUGCUUCUUUUUUUUUUUUUUACCCUGUGCAAAACAAAAGUAAUCAAUGCUCUUUGAGCAGUAAAGAUCUCAGUAUUAAGACAGAGCAAUACAGUUGUGUACAAUAAAUUGUGGAUGUUUUUAAGGGGCCAUAAAAUAUUUAAAUCUUUUUUCUUUAUGCGUUAUGUAAGUUCUGUUAGUUUCACUUGUAGUAUUUCCUUAUUUCUGUAGUGUAAAUUAGUUUGUAAUAUUCAGCUUGAUUACAAGCUCAUUUCUUUGAUCAUUUCAGUUUUUGUUUCAUGCUGAAAAUGGAAACAAAAGGUGUAAAGACGGGGCAGUUUGUGGCACUGGGAACAGUGCUGUAAAGUCUAAGAAUGUUUUAUGAGUGGUAAGUUGUUGUUUUUUUUUUUUUUUUUCCUUUAAUAUGAGAAGUUGUGUUUUUGUAAAGAAAAACACUGUUUCUGUUUAAACUGGAGUGAUUCACUGGAAGGCUGAUAAUCUUGACUGAGUGAAGCAUAAUGCUGUGUAACAUAUCUAGAUGAAUGAAGCCCUCCUUCAGGGAUGAGCAGUAGUGCCAUACCAUCCCCUUUGUUAAUGAGUUUUCUUUAAUUUGCUCUUUAUAAUGUAACCAUUACGUCUCCCCAUUUCAAUAUUCUAGCAGUCAUUUCCUUUGAGAUAUACUAAUUUGUUUUGCUGCUGAAAAUGACAAUCCCCCUCCCCUUUGUCAUGUUAGGUGCAAAAUUAUUUCAAAAGUAAUAUCCAUUUUUAGUUUUGAUAAUUUACACUGCACAGAUGUUUCUACAGUGCUUUUGUAAACAUUUCUAGUGUAUUUGCAGAAAAAUAAAAGUGCAAAGUUCA